AUGAUGUACACCUGCACUGGUCACCUCGUUAGGAAUCACUUGGCCAAAUCGGUGAAGGCGUUUAAAGGGGAAGGCCCCUUUGCCCAGAAGAGCUCAUGGAACGUAUGGACGAAGAAGUAUAGCAGCGGUGUGUACCCCCAGGUGGGGGCCAGUUAUAUUGGAAAUGUACCCAACUGGACGGGCUUCACAAAUAGUAGCAUGUGUGAAGCCCACCGCGCACUCCUUGCACCACACCACAGAACCAUAACCAGCUGCAGCGGGACUCGUUGGGGAAAGCAGACCAGCGACGAGAGCUUCUUCGAAGGGGAACACUUAAACAGAAAGUUAGGAGGCUAUGGAUACCCCAUGAUGUUCAUCGUUACGUAUGAUCGACCCAGCUGGCAACCCUUUUGGGAAAACGAGUACGAGGUUAUCCCGAGGGACGAAUUUGGAGUCCCCGCCAGCAUCCCCCCAGAGGUGUCCACACAAAUUAAGCACACCUACUAUGUGCCCCCCCAGUUCUAUACCUUCCUCAAAAAAUUAGGAGAUGACACAGAAGAGCUGAAGCCAUACAUGCACAAACUUAUUAAGGGUGAAUUCACCUACGAUGAUUACCAGGAAAUGUUUUACAAGUUUGCGAAGCCAUUAAAAAUUUUUAGGAACAAGAUUCCCUUGCCGUAUAGAACUGCAGAGGAAAUGGCCAAGGAAGAGGAAAUGAAAUGGGAGUCCGCCUGGUAUACCUACAGACAGAAAAUGCUCGCGGAGUAUAACGUGACCAUGUGUUUGCGUGAGUUCAUCUUGUACAUGACGGUGGGUCUGUACUUUGCUUACUUGUGGCUGGACGCCCUGAGGCAGUACCGCUUGGACAUGAAGCUCUUUUAUUUGGAGGCCCCUGAGCACAAGAUCAACUGGGUCAAGCCGCGCGGUGACUUGGUGUAA